AUGGAGCAGCAAGUCAGCUGGCAUUGGCCCCCAUCUGGCGAACAUGAUGACCCAGCUCCCCCAGAUUUUGCCGAGACUUGCUUCUGUCCCUGCCUCGUGUACAGUCGCACAUUGGCACGCUUGAACGCCGCAUUUGCUGGCCAGAACCCUCAGCGAAUCCCAAACGCGAACUGCAUCGACCUUAACAGCUGCAAUUUUGUGCUCUGUCUUCCAUUCUGGGGCUUUUCCAUUGCCCGUUUGCAAGCGACUGUUCGUUCAUUUUACGGUAUCAAAGGCAACACCACCAACGACUAG